UACAGUUAGAAUGUAUGCAUAUAUACUAUAAUGUGAUAUUAAUAUAAAGUUUUAAUUGAAAUACUUUGUUGAUAGUGUUUAGUAACAAACUUUAUAUUAUUUUACACUAUUUUUUUAAUGUAAAAAUCCGUUUAAUUAAAGUUUAAAUUUAUAAUUAUACAUGGUAUAAAAUAUAAUUAUAUGAUUAAUAUUACAAAGAAGUGAAAUGAAAUAACCAUACUGAUAUUUAUUUUCCAGUAAAAAAUUUUUUUACUUAAACUUUCAAGUGAUUGAAUCUUUUCAGUCAUUAAUUAUGAAGGAAUUGGAUGAAUCAACUAUCACAUCAAUUUUAUCUUCAUCUUUUUCACCAUGUUCACCUAAUGAAAUAGCGAUACGACCUGGAGAUUGUGUAGAGGGAGGAGUUGAAGAGUGGUUAGAAGAUGAAGCAUUACCAGGAUUUCGCGUUUGGCAACUUGCUGGCAUAAUUCUUUCUAUUUUACUUAGUGUACUGAUUGGACUUUGUUGUUGCAUCCGAUUCAGAAUACCGCGAACUAAACAAGAAAUAGAAGCUGAUUAUAUUCGAAAAAAAAUAACGGAGAGUUUCAGACAAGAAUUAUCUAAAAUCAGUAACACAGAAAUGGAUGAUAUGAAUCUGAAGAAAGCAUUGAAUAAAAUCCAAAAUAAAUUUGAUAUGGAAAUUCAAGAAGUACAAAAGGAUCAUCAAGAAACAACAUAUAAAAAUGUGCAACACGGAUUACGAUCAAGAUUCAAUGCAAUGUUUGGUGGAAUUCAUUUCUCUAAACAAGAAUACCCAAGUGGUGACAGUAUAAUUUAGUGAAUUUACAAAUAAGUAUAUCAUUAUAAAAUUAGCAUUAUUAAAUAACAUAUUUACAAUUAUAGUUAAUUUUUUAAAAUAGUAAUAUUAUU